AUGAUGCCCAAUUCUGCAGAGAGCCCGCGGAAUGCUCGCAGAAUGGGACGGUCCAGAAAGCGAGCACCCGUGGCCUGCCAGUCAUGCCACGCCCGUAAAGUAAGAUGCAGCCUCCCACAAACUGGCCUACCCUGCACCAACUGCUCCUUAGAUGAUGUUUCCUGCGUGCCGCGGGAAAGCAGGAGAUCAAAUACGGUGCCUUUGCGGUCGAAUGACGACCCCGCGAUACAGAGUACUCCGCUGGAGGAUGGCAGCUUUCCACCCGGCCCUGAACGCCUCGUUGCGAUGAGGGAUGUAUCUGCGCCGAGCGGACCGAGUCCCACAGCUCCAGCGGUAGGUGAUACUGGAGAUGGCAUCGAAACCCCUUAUCGCCCGUUCAACGAACAUUUCAGCCAUCACAAUGGAGGCGACACGGGCGCGUCGCAACCAGAGGGAGACGCGACGGAUAAAUGCUAUUCGCCGCUAUAUGGGGACCCUCGUGGCGUCGGUCUGGUGGCCGACAUCUGCGAGCCAGAGCCAGGGGAGAAGAGUGGCCACUUCCUCAUCCCACGGAUUAGGCCCACUCAUAUAGACCAAGAUACGAUUGAGUACUUGCGUCGUAAGGGUGCCUUCAGCUUGCCCACUCCUGCUGUCUGCGAGAUGAUGAUCCGGACGUACUUCCACUAUGUGCAUCCCUUUUUCCCCGCGGUUGACGCCCAUUCGUUCCUUGAUGCGUUCGAAAAUGAACGCAAUGAAGUGAGCGUACACCUGUUGUGGAGCAUGUUUCUAGCUGCUGCAAAUUUCGCCGAUGACAGUACCCUCAAAGCAGCCAAUUUCUCGUCUCGAAAAGAGAUGAAGCGUGCGAUGUAUAUUCGAUCUAAGGCUCUAUAUGACGCGGAGUAUGAGAGAAGGAAGAUUACCCUAAUCCAGGCGGUCCUUCUGACAGGAUUCUGGUAUUCGGAUACUGAGGAUAGAACCGGCCCUUGGCAUUGGAACGGCAUUGCUAUCAGUCUAUGCCAGACGAUAGGGCUGCAUCGGUGGCCGGAUACGGGCCGGAAACACGGCAAAGUCAUCUCGACGAGUGACGGCAGCAUCUGGAGGCAGCUGUGGUGGUGCUGCAUUUACCGUGAAGCGUGGUUCUCUGCCGGCAUGGGAAGGCCUAUGCGCAUCAACCUAGCCGACUGCAGUACCCCAAUGCCAAAUGCCAUCGAUUCCGAUAACCUGCUCUCUGGCAUUCCGGAGAGUGUUCGACAGAAGUACCUUCCAAAGGGCACCAAUGACUUGUCCAACUUGUGGACGGAGCUGUUGGCACUCACGGUUUCUUUAGCGAACAUUCUCUCAUGGCAAAAUCGAGCGGAGCGGACACGACCAAAUAAGACUGAAGUACAGCGCAUGGACGAUGCCAUCCGACAGGAUCAUUUCUGCAAGGAUCGCGCCGUAGCCCACGGACACAGUCACGUCGUCUCCCUACACGUGUACUAUCUAGAGCUGUACCUAGAGUCCGUUUUGCUUAUCCUAUACCGGCCGUUUCUUUUUGAUAAGCCAGGAAUGAACCCGCCGGAUCUCUCUGGGGACGAGUGGACAUCAACUGUACUGCGGAGGACCAAAGAUGCUGCAACGAACACCAACAGGAUCCUCGGUAACAUGAUCGGUGCUGACAUGGUCAGCAAUACCCAAGCGAUGGUCUGCAUUGCCUUGGUCCCCACAUUGCAAGUCCAUCUUCUUGACGCCACGUCUGAAAAACAGAUGGUGCAACGGAUGGGCCGCCACAACCUCGAGUUUUGCAUGAUGGUGGUCGACGAGCUCAAGUCCGUGUAUUUUGGCGCUGAAAUACUUUCACGGAUGUUCAGCAAGGCAAAGAACCAGAUAUACCAUCGGACGUUUGGUCCCGCCACUGGGCCCAGGGACCAUAUGCCUCAGCCAUCGCAUGAUUCCACAAUCGGUUCUAUUCCAGAGCUGCCAGAUGAUGCAUGCCAGGAUAAUGGGGAGAUGUUUGAUGCCUUUGCGACUAUGUUCGGUCCUUUUGCCCCAGUCUCAGCUGGCGGACCCUUCGAUAAUGAUGAGCCGUUUUCUUUCGAAUCCGCAAUGACGUUUGAGCAAUUGAUGCUCCCUGAACCCGAUUUCUCAGCAGAUACACGCUAG